AUGAGAAGAGGGAUGUUCAUGGAGGAAGAAAUUAUCAGCAACCACCUCACAAGAGAAGAAUGGAGCCAAGGAGCAACUUUUGAAGAUUUGAUAACUUUCAUCAAGAGUUCUCAUAGAGAGCACACAGCCUUGAUUGAUGAGAGAUUGGAGUCAGCCUUCACGAGAUUGAAUGAGAAGUUGGAUUCAAUUUCUUCUUUCACAAGAGACUUGGAUCUUAGAGUUGCCAACAUAGCCAGCUCUAUUAAGAGAGAAGAAGGUGCUACCAGGAAAAGUGGAAAUCAAUCCAAGGAGAGCAGCUGUAGCAGCUAUCACUCUUAG